AUCGCCCGGCUUUCCCCGCCCCCGUCAACGUCUGGGCACGUCCCCCUCGCGGCGCGGGCCACGCACCGCUGUGCACUUAACCUCUGCCCGCCCGGCGCGAACUUAGAGGCCGGGCGGCGGGGCGCGGAGGCAGCAGCCUGGGCCUGCAGCCCCGGCCGGGCCGAUGAUGACUUGCUACCGGGGCUUACUGCUGGGCAGCUGUCGUCGCGUGGCGGGAGGCCGGGCGGCGGCGCUGAGGGGGCCGGGCGCAGGAGGCCCCGCGGCGCGGCCGCAGCUCGGCGGUGACGGCGGCGGCCGGCGGCACCUGGGGCACCUGAGGCAGGGUCAGCCGCGCGAGCUGGCGGGCUGUGGCAGCCGCCCCGACGGCGGCUUCCGCCCGUCCCGGGUGGUGGUCGUGGCCAAAACCACCCGGUACGAGUUCGAGCAGCAGCGGUACCGUUACGCGGAGCUCUCAGAGGAGGACCUGAAGCAGCUGCUUGCAUUGAAGGGCUCUAGCUACAGUGGACUGCUUGAACGACAUCAUAUUCACACCAAAAAUGUACAGCAUAUUCUAGAUAGUUUACAGAAUGAGGGAAUUGAGGUUCGACUAGUAAAGAGGAGAGAAUAUGAUGAAGAAACUGUUCGAUGGGCAGAUGCUGUCAUAGCUGCAGGAGGUGAUGGCACAAUGCUUCUGGCAGCAAGUAAAGUCUUGGACAGACUUAAACCAGUUAUUGGAGUAAAUACUGACCCAGAACGGUCUGAGGGUCAUUUAUGUCUUCCUGUUCGAUAUACACAUUCCUUCCCGGAAGCCUUACAGAAGUUCUAUCGUGGCGAGUUCAGGUGGUUAUGCAGGCAGCGAAUCAGGUUAUACCUUGAAGGGACUGGCAUAAACCCUGUUCCUGUGGACCUUCAUGAACAGCAACUAAGUUUACAUCAACAUAGCAGAGCCUUCAACAUUGAAAGGGUUCGUGAUGAAAAUUGUAUUUGUGUACAAGUUAAUGAAGAAGAAUUCAUUUUUAUUACCUGUAUACCUUCGAGGGAAGGGUCUGACACUUCAGGACCUCAGCUUUUGCCAGUGAGAGCACUAAAUGAAGUCUUCAUUGGGGAGAGUCUAUCGUCCAGAAUGUCUUAUUCUUGGGCUGUAGCAGUGGACAAUUUAAGAAGAAGUAUACCCACUCUAAAGGGACUGGCUUCCUACUAUGAGAUUUCAGUUGAUGAUGGUCCAUGGGAAAAGCAGAAGAGUUCAGGGCUCAAUUUGUGUACCGGAACAGGAUCAAAGGCUUGGUCAUUCAACAUUAACAGGGUUGCAACUCAGGCUGUGGAGGAUGUUUUAAAUAUUGCAAAACGACAAGGAAAUUUAAGUUUUCCGUUGAACAGAGAAUUGGUAGAGAAAGUAACAAACGAAUAUAAUGAAUCACUACUCUACAGUCCAGAAGAGCCAAAAAUACUUUUCAGUAUUCGAGAACCAAUAGCAAACAGAGUUUUCUCAAGCAGUCGUCAGCGUUGUUUUACCUCAAAGGUUUGUGUUCGUUCUCGUUGUUGGGAUGCCUGUAUGGUUGUGGAUGGAGGAACUUCUUUUGAGUUUAAUGAUGGAGCAAUUGCUUCAAUGAUGGUCAAUAAAGAAGAUGAGCUUCGAACUGUGCUUCUAGACCAGUGAAGGAUUUCCUCAGAUGACAAAUUCUGAUUACCGGAAAAAUACUUUUACUGCAUAAAGACUGCCUGUCAUAAAGCUACAUUUUUUUGGUUAUUCUUGAGACUGGUUGACCCUAGGCUCAAAGGUGACUAAUCAAGUGAGAUUUGUAUUAUUAUUCUGUUGGAUUCUGAUGGAAAAGAUGUUCACUGUGUAAGAAAAUGGAUGGACUAAACUGAUUGAAUUGAUACCAGUGAAAUUUCUAUAUUGCUUACAAUUGGUAUCCAAAAGUGCUGAUAUCUUUUUAAAUUGAGAAAGGUAGGCUCAAAUAAAGGAUUAAAUGUUUAGGAUUUGAAAUACAACUGUAUAAGUUUUUUUCUCUCCCUUUUCUCCUAACUUUGUGGAAUUGGUCAGACCAUAUACAUAUCAUUUGAUUAGUGUAUAUUUUUUAUAGUACCUAAAAAUCAAGAUUUUUAAAACAUUUUGAUGAUGAUGGAGAAUUUUGAUAAAUCUUGACAUUGACCUAAUUGAAGUAGGAAACGUUUUUAUAUGUGCUGAGAAUUUUCUAAUUUCAGAACACAGUGAUGUUGUUAUGACUCUUUAUUGAUUUAAAAUGUUCAAACAGUCAUUUUUGAAAUUAUUUAUAGACAUUUUCAUUUAAUUGACUUUCAGGAUAAUUUUGACAGUGCUGGGUGAAAUACAUAUAUCUGGACAAAGUCGUGAUGCUGUUACCAAUCUAUUGUCCAAUAGCUAUUCUAGGUCAUAGGCAAUUUUUUUUUUUUUAAUGAUUUGAGUCUAAUAGAUUUCUUCCAUAUUUAAAACUCUCUCACACGGAUUCAAAGACUAAAAGAAUGAACUGAUUAGAUAUAUUCUACUAGGAGUUUGGUCAGACCUUUAAAAAAUAUUUUCACAUAGUGGUAGGAAUAUUGUCAGAAAGGAAAUGGAUUCUUUAAUAAAUAUGCAAAACACAUUAGUUUUGGAAUUGCCUUUUAAUUUCAUGGUAGUUUUCACCUAGCUCAUAUUCCAAGUUUCACGUGUUAGCUUUGGAGGAUAAAGUGUUAUGGCUUUUCUUUUUUUCUCCCACUAUAAGAAUUCCUUUAGUUUGGGAGGAAACUAUUUUUAUCUAAUUGUUAAUAUAAGUAAUCCUAGAAUUUUCACAAAAAGCACCUAUUGCUGCAUCAUGAGACAAUUGGUAUUCUUAUGCCAUUUAUUCAAAGUUGUAUCUGUUUUUUUUCACUUGCUGUUAAAAAUUUUUGUUCAAUCAUUGACAUAUUUAUUGAACACCCACUCUGUGCCAUGUACUGUGUCAAGUGGUGGAUAUACAUUGAUGAAUGAAGCAGACAAUCCUGACAGAACUUGAGUCGAGUGAGCUCAGAAGUAAAUUCUGUGUAAGCUAGGAUGUAUAAUCUAAUUGAGUGCUCUUAGUUUUGCAAUAUGUAACAUGUUCUUGUCAGAUUUUUUAUGUAAAUGCUACUAUACAAAGGUAAUCUAGGUUUUGAUGUAUAUCCAGAACAAGAAUCUGUUUUUCUUUUUUUAAUUAAGAGUAUCUGCAUAGAUACCCAUAGCAAAGAGUUUAUAUGAUGCAUACAAUAAAAAUUAGUGUUUUCUCAGACCUGGAUCUAGUUUCCGGUUUGAUUUAAAAAUGAUAUACUUAAGAUACCACUUUAUAAAGAAGUGAAAUUCCACACUAUAGAAACUCCCCUAACAGCAUAAAAUACCUUCUUGACAAAAAUGCCAACUCCAUCUUUAAAUCAAGGAAAUCUGAUUGUCCAAAAUGGUACCAUAGAUCUGUUAAUAUGUAACAUAUUAAUAGGUAACCUGUAUGUAAUAUGUAAAAUUGUUCAUAAGCCAUAGUUUAAAGGUUUAAAAAACACUUAUUUGCUCCAUUUGCAAUAUAACUUCUAUUUCUGCUCUAUGGUGGGGAUUAAUUUGUAAGAGAUGAUGAGAGGCAAAGGAUGUUAGAAUAGCAAAAAUAUUUUUUAUGAAUUAACCUUUUAAUGGCAACUAUAUGUGAAUAAAAUUAAACUAUUGUUAUUUCUUCUUUUUUACUUCAUGUAUUUCCUUAACUCUUAUGGGCUCAUUACUUGAAAACUAGAUUUUCUCAAAAUAUUAUGUUUCAAAAGUCUUUUUCCCCACUGAUGUGUAUUAUUCUGUGCCCUGCUGACUUCAUUCACUGCUAAUCUUUGACACAGAACCAUGAUUUGUCAUGUAAUCAGAGAGUAAAGUGCUUAACUUGUAAGUGUAGACUCUUCAGAUAAUUUUAACUUAAUAUUUUUGAUGCUCCAUAUGUACUUAUAUUCAUGGCCCCAGUAAAUCAAAUCAUAUGUUUUAUUAAAUGUAUAGUCUUCAAUGUAGAGAAUUUCCACUGAUUUCACUUUUUAAAUAUCAAAAUGAACAAUAUGAAUAAAAGAAGUAGAAAGAGCCAAUUAACACAAAUGUUUUAUUGAAAAAUAUUCACUCGAGUUGAAAAAGUUGUCAAAUAUAAGUUUGAGGAUACAUUAUCUAUUGCUCUGCUUUGAAAAUAAUGUAAAUUUAGACUUUAAAUCACUAAAUUCAUUCCAUUGUACCAAUAUACCAUAAUAUAUGCAUCAUUAUACUUAAGGAUAGAUAGUAUCUACCAAGACAGUUGUGCAAAGAAGAUCCCAGGGAUAAUGUGAUAUGUAAAUGAUAUAAUGAAAAAUAUUAUAUAUAUUGGAGGGGAGGGAAAAGAGUAAAUGUACUGCUGAACUAUAAAGAGGAAUUGUUUAAAUGACAAUUUUCAAUUUCUUUAACAUUAAAAAUAACUAUGAAGGGAUUAAGGCAUAAGUCAAUGAGAAGGUGUAUUAAAUUUUCUAUAUUAAAGAAAGUAUGAAGAGUA